AUGGCCACCUCUCUUCGGAUCGGUACCUCCGCUCUGCGGGCCUCCUUUGCGAAGCCCGUCCAGACUGCUGCUCUGAACGGUGCUCGCUGCUACUCCGCCGCCAAGGUCAAGUCCCUGAAGGACACCUUCGCCGACGGUCUGCCCGCCGAGAUUGAGAAGGUCAAGAAGCUGCGCAAGGAGCACGGCCACAAGGUCAUUGGCGAGGUUACUCUCGACCAGGCUUACGGCGGUGCCCGUGGUAUCAAGUCCCUUGUUUGGGAGGGCUCUGUCCUCGACUCUGAGGAGGGUAUCCGCUUCCGUGGCUACACUAUCCCCGACCUCCAGAAGCUGCUCCCCAAGGCUCCUGGUGGUGAGGAGCCCCUGCCUGAGGGUCUCUUCUGGCUCCUCCUGACUGGCGAGAUCCCCUCCGAGCAGCAGGUCCGCGCCCUCUCUGCUGAGUGGGCUGCCCGCUCCGAUGUUCCCGCCUUCGUUGAGGAGCUCAUCGACCGCUGCCCCAGCACCCUCCACCCCAUGGCUCAGUUCUCUUUGGCUGUGACCGCUCUGGAGCACGAGUCCUCCUUCGCCAAGGCCUACGCCAAGGGUAUCAACAAGAAGGACUACUGGAGCUACACCUUCGAGGACUCCAUGGACCUGAUCGCCAAGCUGCCCACCAUUGCCUCCAAGAUCUACCGCAACGUCUUCAAGGACGGCAAGGUUGCCCCCAUUCAGAAGGACAAGGAUUACUCCUUCAACUUGGCCAACCAGCUCGGCUUCGGCGGCAACAAGGACUUUGUUGAGCUGAUGCGUCUGUACCUGACCAUCCACUCCGACCACGAGGGUGGUAACGUCUCCGCCCACACCACCCACUUGGUCGGCAGUGCUCUGAGCUCCCCCAUGCUCUCUCUGUCUGCUGGUCUCCAGGGUCUGGCUGGUCCUCUCCACGGUCUUGCUAACCAGGAGGUCCUGAACUGGCUCACCGAGAUGAAGAAGGCCAUCGGCAACGACCUCAGCGACCAGUCCAUCAAGGAUUACCUCUGGUCCACCCUGAACUCCGGCCGUGUCGUCCCUGGCUACGGCCACGCCGUCCUCCGCAAGACUGACCCCCGCUACAUGUCUCAGCGCGAGUUUGCUCUCCGCAAGCUGCCCGAUGACGAGAUGUUCAAGCUGGUCAGCCAGGUCUACAAGAUCGCCCCCGGUGUCCUGACCGAGCACGGCAAGACCAAGAACCCCUACCCCAACGUCGAUGCCCACUCCGGUGUCCUCCUCCAGUACUACGGUCUGACCGAGGCCAACUACUACACCGUCCUGUUCGGUGUGUCCCGUGCUCUGGGUGUCCUGCCCCAGCUGAUCAUUGACCGUGCUUUCGGCAUGCCCAUCGAGCGUCCCAAGUCCUUCAGCACCGAGGCCUACGCCAAGCUUGUUGGCGCCAAGCUGUAA